CACGAGCACCUGGUGGAGCAGGUCUCGCCCGUCAGGAACGCGGAGGGAGGCGUCAGCUGGGCCAUCACCGCCAGGGACCUCAAGAAAAACACUUCCUUGACCACGAUUUGUGACGCCGUCUUUAUCUGCAACGGCCACUAUUCGGUUCCCAAAUUGCCCAAGUUGCCGGGGAUCGAGAGGUACAGCGGCCGCCAGAUUCACAGCCACGACUACCGCGAGCCCUCUUCCUUCCGGGGGGCCUCCGUGCUGGUCCUCGGCGGAGGGGCGUCCGGCCUCGACAUCGCGAUCGAGCUGGCGACGGAGGCGAAAGAGGUCAUUUUGUCCCAUCGACUGCCCAAGCCCGUGUCCUCGGAGCUGCCUUCCAACAUGCGGCAGGCGGCAGUGGCAACGGCAGCCACCGAGGACGGGUUCAUCCUCAGUGACGGGUCCUCUGUUAAGGCCGACAUUAUCCUUUACUGCACGGGGUACGAGUACACCUUCCCGUUCCUGGACCCGGAGUGCGGAGUGCGCGUGGAAGGCAACCAGGUGAAGCCCCUCUACAAACACAUGAUUAACUGCGACUUCCCCAGCAUGGCCUUCCUCGGCAUACCCGUCCAGAUAUGCCCCUUCCCGAUGUUCGACUUCCAGGUCCGCUUCUUCAUGGAGGUGCUGACGGGGAAGCUGGCGCUGCCGUCGGCGGCGGAGAUGAAGGCGGAGGUGGAGCGCGAGGUGGAGGAGCGGCUAUCUCAGGGUGUGGAGGCCCGCCACUUCCACAACAUGAGCGUCCUACAGUGGGAAUACACGAGGAACAUGGCGGCGCUGGCGGGAAUCCACGCCACCAAUCCCGUCGUGGAGGCGCUGUUCACGGCGGUGAGGGAGGUGCGCAACAAGACCCUCAUGACCUACAAGAAGAACAGGUACAGGAUCACCGGCAGCGACUCCUUCGAGAGGGUGCUCUAGAAGCGUCGUCUGGUCUCCUCGCGGCUCCACUUCGCUCUUGAGGCUUUCUUCUUCAUCCUCCUCAUCAUCACCAUCUUCUCCUUCUUUUUCUUCUUUUUCUAGUCCUCCUCCUCCUCCUUCCCCCUUCUUCCUCCUCCUCCCUCUUCCUCCCUCCCCCUCC